GAGCUAUAUCGCGCCCCACAGAACGGAGUGUGACUGUGCCCGAGCUGUGUGCUUAUCCCCGAGGGAACACCGGAGAGGAUGGAAAGUAUUACCAGUGCACAUAUGGACACGGGUUUGGGGGAUUCACUAAUGGAGCCACAACAAACACAGGCCCAGAGUACCAACUUAAACAUGGAGGUCUACCUAUUAACGCAUCAGUUCCUGGUGUUGCUGGUCACGGUAUCUCUAGCAGUUGUAUCGGGGUUUGAAACUGACGAGGAUAAGCAACGAACUCAAGACCAAGAAGCGAAGGCACGGAAGUACCUGCAGGAUCUAGAAGAUGAGUUCAACAGGAGGGCCAACAUGGCGUCUCUGGUCAGAUGGGCGUAUGCAACCAACAUAACAGAACAGAAUCUGAAAGCCCAGUUGGCUGUCAUGGACGCAGAUGCCAGGUUUGUCAAGGACCAGUGGCUGGAGACGAUCAAGUACCCCUGGACCACGUACAAGGACCCUGACCUCCGCCGACAGUUCCAGAAGCACUCCGUGCUGGGCUACGCGGCCCUCGAAAGAGAAAAAUUCGGAAAGUACAUGCAACUGAUGUCUGAUAUGUACUCCACAUACAGCAAGGCCAAGAUCUGCGGCUACAGGAAGCCCAAGAAAUGUGACCUCAGUUUGGAACCAGAUUUGGUGGAGAUCCUGAGGACAAGCAGAGACCCUGACGAGCUCAAGCACGUAUGGGUGGAAUGGAGGAAAGUGUCCGGUGAGAAAUGUCGAAGGAUGUUCGAACACUACGUAGCUCUCAGCAAUGAAGCCGCCACACUCAACAACUUCACAGACAACGCCGAGUACUGGUUAAAGGACUACGAGUCCCCUGACUUCCGGGACCAAGUAGCACGCCUGUGGGACCAGGUGCGGCCUCUAUACCUGCAGCUACACGCUUACGUCAGGAGGAAACUGAGGGAAACUUACGGCGAGAAACUCGUCACGGCCCGUGGGCCCAUACCGGCACAUCUUCUCGGUAACAUGUGGUCUCAGACUUGGAACAACAUUCUGGACAUCUCCACACCCUACCCUGACAAGGAAGCUGUAGAUGUCACUCCUCAGAUGCAAAAGCAGGGAUACACGCCUGUCAAAAUGUUCAGACUGGCCGAGGAAUUCUUCACGUCACUGAACCUGAGCGCGAUGCCACAGAGCUUCUGGGAGCGCUCCAUCCUGCAGAAGCCAGAGGGCAGAGAACUCAUCUGUCACGCCUCCGCCUGGGACUUCCACGACGGCAAGGACUUCAGGAUCAAGCAGUGUACCAGAGUUGUCAUGGACCAUCUGUUCGCUGUUCACCACGAGAUGGGGCAUGUCCAGUAUUUCAUUCAAUACAGAGACCAGCCGGUUGCCUACAAGGACGGCGCGAAUCCAGGUUUCCACGAGGCGGUGGGUGAUCUGAUAGCCCUGUCAGUGCUAACGCCCAAACACCUGCGACAGAUCGGUCUGCUGGAAGGCGACGUGUCGGCAGCUCAAGAUUACGAGGCAACCAUCAACUAUCUAUACCAUCAGGGGCUGCAGAAAAUAGCGUUUCUUCCCUUUGCCUACGUCACAGAUCUGUGGAGAUGGGACGUUUUCAAGGGCAAGAUUACAAGCGACAAAUACAAUUGUGAAUGGUGGAGGCUCAGAGAGGAUUAUCAAGGGAUUGACCCGCCAGUGCACAGAACAGAGGAAGACUUUGACCCGGGAGCAAAGUUCCACGUGGCGGCCAGUGUUCCGUACAUCAGGAAGAUGCUGCAGAUGGGGUCCUCGAGGCCUUGGCCUGACGCGAUGGAAGUGCUGACAGGACAGCGCGACAUGGAUGCCACGGGACUGCUAGACUACUUCAGUCCCCUCGCGGACUGGCUGGAGAGGGACAACAGAGAGUCCGGAGAACACAUCGGCUGGGAGCCAAGUCGAAAGCUUUGCGCGCCGACAAGAGCAGAACUGGCGGCCCUCGGGGUCGAGGGGUAGAGGGAGACGUAGCGGGAGCAGAGGCCACACGUCGCCUCAGUUCCAGAAGCUGAUAUCCUUCGUAAAUACAGCGCUCUUUUCCUGGAAGCCUGGUUGCUCGGACACUCCCGCCAGGUGUCAGCCUCAAGGUCGAAACACAGUGCACCGGCAGAUGUGUGACUCUUGGCAACUUUGCCGGUAGGCGUACCGACCGGACAGACCGAAAAAAAGCGCUGCAUAAAAUUGGUGUAGUUAUGGAAUGUUCAACGACAAGUCUUGUAACUCACAUACCUUUAUUUCCUCCCCUCCUUUCUGCUGUAUCGUUAAAGCAGUUCCGUCGUCCAUUUCAUACUUUUCUCUUCAUCCGUUUGUUACCUCUAUUUUCUCGUUUCUUCCUGUACUCCUUUUCCACUGACAUCAUCUGCACUGAAUAAACGUGAUUAAAGAAUCAA